AUUCGCGUCGAUCGUGAGCGCAGAGCGAUUGCUUCUGUCUGUUGUGUAGUUAUGUUGUCAAACAGGCGAAGAGGCGGCGGGAACCGGGGUCGGGACCUGGCUUGGUGCUGGUUGUAGUGGGCUAUGGGGGACCCCGGCUCUUUGGUUCCGAGGGACCGCCGCGGAGGCCGGAGCUGGUGCUUGCGGCGCGUGGGGAUGGACGCUGAGUGGCUCCUGCUGGAGGAUGGAAACGAGGUGACUUUAGGACGAGGACUUGGUGUUACAUACCAACUGGUAUCAAAAAUCUGCCCUCUGAUGAUUUCCCGAAACCACUGUGUUUUGAAGCAGAACACUGAGGGCCAGUGGACAAUUAUGGACAACAAGAGUCUGAAUGGUGUUUGGCUGAACAAAAUACGUCUACAACCUUUAGAGGUCUAUUCUAUCCAUAAGGGAGACCACAUCCAGCUUGGGGUGGCUCUGGAAAAUAAGGAGAAUGCAGAGUAUGAAUAUGAAGUUACUGAAGAAGACUGGGAGAAGAUACAUCCUUAUCUGUCCCCAACAAGUGACCAGUUGAUGGAAAAAAAUAAGGGCUCAAGAACUAAAAGGAAAUGUAGUUUGGAUGAAUUAGAAGCUCCUGAAGCUGAAGGCCCCUCACAUUUGAAAUCCAAAAUGAACAGAACGUCUUGUGAACCUGGUCAACCACUGAAGUCACAUGGGAAAGGUGAAAUGGCCAGUCAACCCUCUGAAUUCCUGGAACCUAAGUUGACUUCUCUUGAGCCAAGUGAGCACACCACAGGGCCUCACGUUCACUUGGGCCCCGCCAAAGUCCUGGAGCUUCAGCAUGAGGAGCAGAGAGCCUCAGACCCAUUAGUAUCUCAGAGCAGGUUAGAGCUGAUCAAGGUGACCAUGUCUAGGAUUCUGAAGCUCAAAACACAGAUGCAGGAAAAACAGGAAGCUGUUCUGAAUGAGAAAAAGCAGACCCAAAAAGGGGACUCAAAAAAUAUUGUGCAAAUGGAGCAGGAAUUGCAGGACUUACAGUCACAGCUCUGGGCAGAGCAGGCCCAGCAGCAGGCCCGAGUGGAGCAGUUGGAGAAGACUUUUCAGGAGGAGCAGCAGUAUCUCCAGGGUUUGGAGAAAGAGCAAGGAGAAGAGAACCUGAAGCAGCAGCUGGCCCAGGCUCUGCAGGAGCACUGGGCUCUAAUGGAAGAGCUAAAUCGCAGCAAGAAGGACUUUGAAGCCAUCCUUCAAGCCAAGAACAGAGAAUUGGAGCAGACCAAGGAAGAAAAGGAGAAGGUACAAGCACAGAAAGAAGAAGUUCUUAGCCACAUGAAUGACGUGCUAGAGAAUGAGCUCCAGUGCAUUAUUUGCUCAGAAUACUUCAUUGAGGCUGUCACCUUGAACUGUGCCCACAGUUUUUGUUCCUUCUGUAUCAACGAAUGGAUGAAGCGGAAGGUCGAAUGUCCCAUUUGUCGGAAGGACAUCAAGUCCAAAACCCCCUCCCUGGUUCUGGACAACUGCAUUAGUAAGAUGGUAGAUAAUCUGAGUUCAGAAGUAAGAGAACGACGAAUUGACUUAAUUAAGGGACGAAAAGCCAAGAGACUGUUGUGAAGACGGUGCUGCAAGGGCCUUUGACAGACCGCCAGGCGACAGAAGCUCGGGUGGCCUGGAGGGUCUCCACGCACUGGCCUUGGGCUGCACCGAGACAGAGCGUGAAGAGCCGCGUGGGACAGAGUCUGAGUUCGGAAGUUCUCCAGUUCUCUGCCACGAGCCUCCUGGGCAGGCCAGCCCGCUGCCACUGUUGUCUGAAGGGCCGUGGUGCGCACCACCCGAUGCGUCGGGCACGUGACAGACUCUGCCCCACUCACUACAUGUCGAUGGUUAUGUAUUUCCGUUUGUGUUUUACAUCUGUUGUUUUUGUUGUUGUUUUGGUAUCUCUGAAGCACCUCGGUGGACGUUUAUCCUGGACAGCUUGAAUGUACCCCUGUGGCUGCCCCUGAAAGUUAAGGCAGCCUCUAUUUGAGUGGAUGGAAUACCUCUUUGUGAAAAUAAGGUGUCAUUUACUGGAAAUAAAACACAAAAUUUAAUAGUUGCUCA